AUGUUUCCUUUCAAACACGGCAUGGGGUUUUUGUCUGUCUCAGCUGUACAGACUGUGAGCUAACACCUGUCCCAGUUAUGAUUUCGGGGUUGAGGCAAGAGUGAGGGCUGCAGAAACUCCAUCCUUAGCUGUUGCUCCUACACCGGUUUUUUUAUGUCUGGCUUUUUGUGAGUCAUGGAGUCGAGCAGCAGCACAAGUUUUGGACUGUGCCGGAAAGAGGACCCUUCCAAGCGGGAGCUGAGCGUGAUGUCGUGCCGACAGAACGAGAUUCCGGAAGGCUUGCAAGAGGUUAAAAGCAUCCCUGGGGGAGCAACAUUGGAGAACGUACUGGAGAAACCAAAAGCAGGAAAGAACAUCAAGGAAAAGCAAAGUAAUGAUUUAGACAGGUCAGGCCUUAAACGAAAGUUGGAAAGCAAUGAAAAGCUGGCUUUGAGAAAGGAGCCACGCUUGCUGGAACCAGAGGGCCAAUCCAUCAAUAUGCCUUUGUCCCAUAUCCCUCUGAAAAGUCUCUUGGAGGUAGAGAUGAAACUGGUCUACACAGAUGAGGAGGACGUCACCUAUGAGUUUUCGGAGUCACAGGUGCCCACCAGCCCAGAAGCAGAGAUCCUCUGUGUCAGUCCUCUGACAGCACCUGACAUGGGCGUUCUGCCACAGAUGGACAAGUGGCUUCAGAUGGCCUUAAAGGAUGCCAGCACUUGCUAUAGGCAAAAGAAGUAUGCUGUGGCAGCAGGGCAGUUCAGAACAGCACUCGAGCUUUGCAGCAAAGGUGCAGCUUUAGGGAAGCCCUUUGAAGCCUCUCCAAACAACAUCUCAAGUAUUGCCAGUUUUGUUGAAACAAAGCUUGUGAUCUGCUACUUGAAGAUGAGAAAGCCUGACCUUGCACUGAAUCAUUCCCACAGGAGCAUAGUUCUGAAUCCUGCCUAUUUCCGUAACCACCUUCGGCAAGCUGCUGUGUUUCGAUGCUUGGAGAGGUAUUCAGAGGCUGCAAGGAGCGCCAUGGUUGCUGACUACAUGUACUGGCUGUCAGGAGGAAACGAGCAGCAUACCAGCAAGCUCAUCAAACUGUAUUGGCAGGCCAUGACUGAAGAAGCCAUCACAAGAGCAGAAUCCUUUUCUGUGAUGUACACGCCAUUUGCAACCAAAGUUAAAGCUGAAAAAAUAGAUAGGUUGAAGGAAGUUUUUACCAAAAAACAUCCUGACUAUAUAGAAUACAUAUAUACAGACCCGCAUGGACUUCACAGUCUACCACAGACCGCUGACUGGUCUUGUCCUUCUCCUCAGUCUUAUUUGCUGACCCUGGGCUUCAAAAACAAAGAGGUUGGGAAAUUCCUAGAAAAGAUAUCUUGCAGGAAGCUGCCAACAUUUUCAGAACACAAAGCCCCUUUCAGUCCCCUCACAAAGGAAGAGGCAGGGAGACACCUGGAAACGGUUGGGAAAAGGAUCUUGCCAGUAAUGGAUUUCAUUAGAGGCACCAAAUUAACGGAGACUUUCUGCGCCUGUUCUGGAGUGAUAGAGAAGCUGCAGCAUGCCAGCCUCCUCGGCCGUUUGCAGCGCAUCAAGGAGCAGGCUCAAGUGAUUAAUCAAGCCAUGGCUGAGCUGGCAACCAUUCCUUAUCUCCAGGACAUCAGCCAGCAGGAUGCUGAACUGCUGCAGUCGCUAAUGGCAGAUGCCAUGGACACCCUCGAAGGAAGGAAAAGUGAUAAAGAACGUGUCUGGAAUAAAAUCCAAAAGGUUGGAGUAAUAGAAGACUUCUUAUACCAAUUAGAAGACAGUUUCUUAAAGACCAAAAAACUCCGAACAGCGAGGAGGCAGAAAAUGAAAAUGAAGCGGCUUCAAAGCGAACAGCCCUGCUAGUCCUGCUGGGGAAGAUGUUCCCAUCCUGUACCCAGGAUGGCAAGAAGGGAACAUUCAUAUAGCAGGAGUCUGACAGCUGGGACAACAAAGGCCGGCCUUCAAAUUAAUGAGGUGUCCCCUCCGUACAGCUCGUCUUUAGCAACAAGCUCCUGCACUUCAUUAGUCUCAUCUGACAGGAAUAAACGUUUAUGGGAUGCCUGA